CGGUAUUCUUCUCGUGUCCGGUUUCUUUUCUUUGCUCCGAAAACACUGAAGCUCUUUAUGAAGCCCAUGUGCACGGGACACGGUGGAUUAAACAUCCUCGCAGGCUGAGCUUGUCUGGUGUGACAGCCAGUGAUGUUAUGCACAGGGUGUGUGCAUGGUGAACCUUUGUUUCCAACGCUCCCAGUCGGCUCUGCCACAAAAAAUGACAUUUUUCCGCAGACUUCUGCGCAGACGACUGCACCCAUGGAAGCUUGCCAUUGUGGCAUUAGUAUUUGUGACCUUCCUGUUUCUAAUGCAACGAGAAGUGGUCAGUCAGAACCCCCAAGACGAUCCCUGGUUGAAAGAGAUUGCAGUGAAACGGGACGCUGUUUUUGGGAUGGUGAUGGGUGCGAUGAAUAACUUCCGUGAGGCUAUGCCAAAGAUGCAGAUUAAAGCUCCAAUAAGACAGCAGCAAGGCGAGGGCAGCUCGGCCUGUCUAUCUGGGUUUUACACGGCCGCCGAACUCAGACCAGUCCUGGAAAGACCCCCGCAGAACCCCAGCGCCCCGGGGGCUUCCGGAAAGGCCUUUCACACUGAGAAUCUGAGUCCAGCUGAGCAGAAAGAGAAAGAGAGGGGAGAGGAGAAGCAUUGCUUUAACUUGUAUGCCAGUGAUCGGAUCUCACUAAGCAGAGACAUUGGGCCUGAUACGAGACCUCCAGAAUGCAUCGAACAGACGUUCAGACGCUGUCCACCCCUUCCAACCACAAGUGUGAUCAUCGUGUUCCAUAACGAGGCGUGGAGUACACUACUGCGGACUGUCUACUCUGUCUUACACACCUCGCCUGCACUCCUGCUCAAAGAGAUCAUCCUUGUAGAUGACGCCAGCACUCAUGAGCAAUUAAAGGACAAACUGGACGAGUAUCUGAAACAGUUGCACAUCGUCCAUGUGGUACGUCAGCGUGAGCGAAAAGGCCUCAUCACUGCUCGACUCCUUGGGGCGUCUGUGGCUACAGGAGACACCCUCACCUUCCUGGAUGCCCACUGUGAAUGCUUCCACGGAUGGCUUGAGCCCCUGUUGGCUCGGAUAGCAGAUAACUCCACAGCUGUAGUGAGUCCCGACAUCACCACCAUAGACCUCAACACAUUUGAAUUUAUGAAACCAUCACCCUACGGACAGCAUCAUAACCGCGGAAAUUUCGACUGGGGUCUGUCCUUUGGCUGGGAGACUCUUCCCGAUCACGAAAAACAGAGGCGCAAAGAUGAGACGUACUCUAUAAAGACACCAACCUUUGCCGGGGGACUCUUCUCCAUUUCGAGAGAUUAUUUCUACCACGUUGGAAGUUAUGACGAGGAAAUGGAGAUUUGGGGAGGAGAAAAUAUUGAAAUGUCCUUCAGGGUGUGGCAGUGUGGUGGGCAGCUGGAAAUCAUCCCCUGCUCUGUCGUUGGUCAUGUGUUCCGCACAAAGAGCCCUCACACCUUCCCCAAAGGCACACAGGUGAUCGCUCGCAACCAGGUGCGACUGGCUGAAGUCUGGAUGGAUGAUUAUAAAGAGAUCUUCUACAGGAGAAACCAGCAGGCGGCUCAGAUUGCCAAAGAGCAUUCGUUUGGUGAUGUCUCCAAGCGUGUAGAUCUCCGGGAAAAGCUUCAGUGUAAGAGCUUUUCCUGGUAUUUGAAGAACGUCUAUCCGGAGGUCUUCAUGCCCGAUCUCAAUCCACUGCAUUUUGGCGCGAUAAAGAACAUUGGAAAGGAGGCCUGUUUGGACGCUGGAGAGAAUAAUGAGGGAGGGAAGUCUCUGAUCAUGUACCCCUGCCACGGGAUGGGAGGAAACCAGUAUUUCGAGUAUUCGACCCAUCAUGAGAUACGACACAAUAUUCAGAAGGAGCUGUGUCUGCACUCGACCGAUGGAAUCGUCAAAUUAGAGGAGUGCCAGUAUAAAGGUUACAACACCAUGACAGGACCUCAGCAGAAAUGGGAGCUGAGAGAGGAUCAGCUGUUCUUUAACAAGGGCUCAAAACAGUGUUUGACAGCUCGACAAGAGAACCCCUCUCUGGUGCCCUGCAAUCCGGCAGACAAAUACCAACUCUGGCUCUUCGCCUGAGUGCAGGGACACACACACACAGGGUCCAAAAUUAACUUUAUGCCACAGCUGCCAAUAAUGGGUGAAUUGAAAAAAUGUACAUUUCAUAAAUAUUUCUUACCAGUGAUAAAGCUGCAAUUUAUAUAAAACAAAGAAAAAAAAUUAUUUCUGAUGAUAAUGGGAUUUUUUAUCCUUUUUUCUUGACUUGGCAAGUGUUCAUUUUGGACCCUGCAGAGACAUCGAACUUUAAUUUAUUUUUGUACUUGGAAAAUAUUGCUGCUGGACAUUGGAGAAAUCUAAAGGACCAAAAAAGCAGUGCACGCACAGACAUUCCAGUAUAGUAUAAAUAGUACAUACUGUAUGGGCCAAGGCACCGUCUGGGUGGACACAUAGAAAAGUGCAUUCAAGUGAAGUUUUAAACUUUUCUUUUAUCUGUCUUUAUUUCUUUAGAUGUGAAAGACUAUCAGACUAAUCAUUUUGCUCAGUAAGAUCACAAUGACACUCAAUAUCAGCUGCAAAUUCUAAUGUGAAAUGCAGACUAUGAAUGUCCAACAAGAGCAGAGGCCUGUCUGAUUCUUCAAAUAAUCCUAUUAUGCAAUAGGCAAAUUUUGAACCACAAAAGACUUGAAAGUAUUUGUUUCGUAUUCGCUUUUUACCAAGUGUUUUCAUACUUCCUAGUAAACUGCAAGUUUUUCAUGCCAGUAGCAGUUGUACUAAAAUAUAUAUAUGUAUUUUUUUUUAAAGAUCUACGCAUUUCAAUUUCUUAACAAAUUUCCAUCAAAUUAAGAAAUAUAUAUAUAUUUCAAGUUGUAUUAAUUUAAUUUGAAAAAUGAUGAUGAUUACACAAUUAAAGUUAAUGAAAAUGUGUUAAAAAAAAGUAUGUCUCAAUCUAAAAAAUAGCCUUACAUUUUAUUUUAUUUUUUUAAUGAUUUAAAAAUCACCCCUAUGUUUAUAUUGUUCUGCUAAAGAAAACACAUUUUCAUCUUUAAAAUUAAAGUUGAAUAGUUCACAUUUUAUUCAGUAUAUAUAAAUAUGUAUAUUUUUGGGACAUGAAAAUACACUGAAUAUUAUUGAUGUCCCUUCUCACAAACUGGUUCUUGGUCAGACCUUUUAAAGAGGAAUUUCUAAUGGGAUAUUUUUAUUAUGUUUUCAGCCACAAAAUGUUUUUUAUUUUUUUUAUCUCACCAAAUUUAAAUAUAUGAUGUGUGUAUAUUUUGCUGUUGAGCCACUUGAAUAUUUGAAGGGAAUGAACACAUGGUCAUAAUCCGUGCUAAUCCCUCCUUUGGCCAUAGAGUGAAUGGCAGUGAUUGACAGAAGGGGGCGCUAUAAUACAAGCAUCUGCCCUCAGAAUGGGGGAUGAACACAAAUCAACAGAUGAAAGAAAUAUUGCCAAUGUUUACAUUUUCAUAAGACAGGUUUACAAAACUGAAUUUGAUUUAUAUACCACUGUUACAUUGCCAUGAAUUGAUGUAGAUUAUUUUUGUCUUGCUUAUAUUUUUUUAAAUUGGAUUUCAUUUUUGUAAGAUAGUGUUUCAGAAUUACAGAAAAGUUUCUAAGGGUUGUCCAUUAAAAUUGGAGAA